AUGGAAAGCCAUUUCUAUCCAGUAUCAAUGGAAAGCCAUUUCUAUCAAGUAUCUAUGGAAGGCCAUUUCUAUCCAGUAUCUAUGGAAAGUCAUUUCUAUCCAGUAUCUAUGGAAAGCCAUUACUAUCCAGUAUCUAUGGAAAGCCAUUACUAUCCAGUAUCUAUGGAAAGUCAUUUCUAUCCAGUAUCUAUGGAAGCCCAUUUCUAUCCAGUGUCUAUGGAAGCCCAUUUCUAUCCAGUAUCUAUGGAAAGUCAUUUCUAUCCAGUAUCUAUGGAAGCCCAUUUUGCUAUGUAUCAAUGGAAAGCCCUAUCAACCCAUUCAUUCUAG